CCUUACAAACAAACACACUUUUCUCUUGUUCCCCAAUUUCUUAUAUUACUCUUAAAAUAAUAAUAAUGUGACUUGACCCAAAGUCAUAUAUCUCUCGAUUCUCACCCACCUUUUCUCCUUCUUCUUAAUUUAUCAAAAUAUACAAUAAAAAUGGAAAAAAGCUUCCUUAAAUUGCCUCCAGGGUUUAGAUUCCAUCCAACUGAUGAAGAGCUUGUUGUACAUUACUUAAAGCGCAAGGUACAAUCCCUUCAUCUCCCUGUAUCUAUCCCUGAAGCAGAAGUUUGCAAAUCUGAUCCAUGGGAUUUACCAGGUGAUCAUGUUGAGCAAGAAAAGUACUUUUUUAGCACAACUGAAAUCAAGUAUCCAAAGGGGAAAAGAGCCAAUAGGACCACUACAUCUGGCUACUGGAAGGCAACUGGUUUAGAUAAGAAAAUUCUUGAUCCUAGUAACAAAAAAGUUGUUGGUCUCAAGAAAACUUUGGUCUUCUAUAGAGGCAAACCCCCAAAAGGGUAUAAAACCAAUUGGAUCAUGCAUGAGUACAAACUUUCUAAUCCUACCCAGGGUAUGGAAAGCUGGGUGCUUUGUAGACUGUUUUUGAAGAAAACAGCAAGAAAGUGUGGAGAGAAAAAUGAGAUCGAUAAAACAGAUGGGCCAAUUUUGUACGAGUUUUUGGGAGGUUCAAGAAAGUUGGAUUUGAACUUGAAUUUGGAUGUUGGUUGUGGUGCAUCAUCUUCUUGUUCAAGUGGGAUCACAGUUGCUGAUGAAGAUGAAGAGAAUAGCAAUUAUAAAUAGAUGAGUUGAGAAUGAGUUAAUCACUUAAUUGUAGUAUAUAUUAGUGGGUAAUCUUUAGUAAGUUACUGUUUUAAUCCGGAAUUUAGUUUAACUAGAAAUUAAGCUGUAAUCCUAAGUUAUGCAGUUUUUAUUUUGUC